AUGGCGAAAAUCAUUGCUCUCUGUAUUCUCUUUUUAUUCUGCAACGCCUCAAGUGCUGUUCAUCCGGCUUGCUUUGAGCCGCACGACGUUGGACCCUGCCGAGCUUACAUUCGCAGCUACUACUACGAUCCGCAGAGCAACACUUGUCAGCUCUUCUACUACGGAGGUUGUGGUGGCACUCGCAAUCGCUUUUACAGCGAGGAGGCCUGCAUGGAUGCCUGCACCAGGCGCAGCUCUUCUUGGAUCCUCAAACCUGUGCCAGAAUAUGAUUAUUCUUCAUCUGAUGAAUCGUGGUAG